GUUAAGCUAACAGCAAAACCGAAAGACCUUUUCAUUAUCAACCUUUCUUUGUCACUCUCAUAACCCAAAUCACUUUCAAAUGGUUUCGUAAACUCAACAUAUUUCAUUUGAUUUUCGUGGGGUAUUUUUUAUUUAUUUAUUUAUUUAUUUUUCUGUAUUUUUUUUUAUUUCUUUGGAAAUCUCUACAAUCUUUACACUUGUAUUUCUCUGGUAAGUUCGUCCGUUUCUUCUAAUUUUAAUUCAAAAUUUUAUUUUUAUUUCAGAUUUUUGUAGUUUUUGACUGAAUGUUAUGCAUUUAUGCAGUUAUUGAGAAUUAGAGUUAACUUCUUUUCUUAAUUUUGGUUCUUUUGCUUAAUUUCUUAAUGGGUAUUUUGUUGAAUCUGAAGUUUGGGAGAUUUGAAUUAAUUUUAUCGGUUAAUUGAUUGGGCAGUUCGAGUAAAUGAUAGUUCUUUUUUUGUGUUUUUGGUUGAUAUGAUGUUUGUAGAAAAUUCUAGUUUAAUUCCUGUGUAAUUGGAGACAUUGAUUAAUGAACGAAAUGAUGAGCAUAUUUAAGAAUGCUUGAUUUUUUUUUUUUUUUUUUUUUUUUUCUGGGGUUUUGACCUUUUUGUUAUAGCUUUCUGUAUGAUUCAUAAACUGAAGAAAUUGGCAAGUAUUGUUCUUUACCUUGAUUGAUAGCAAUGGUACCUUGCAUUUGGAAGGUGGGAAGUUUCAUGGGUUGGUUUUGUUGAAGGAUUGACUUGUUUUAGGUGUGAUUUGGAUCAUGGUAUUGUUGGUUAUGUUACUCGGACUCGGGUACUUGGGUCGGACAAAAGCAGUGUCCAAGUGUUGGACUCGACUAUUUAUGAAUAAUUUCCAUGAUUGUUGUCUAAGAUGAAGUCUCAAGUGUUCAUACCCAAGUUGGAGUGUUGAGGAUGUUACACGAGUACUUGAGGUGCAAUGAUGGGUAUAUGUAGCACAUGUUAUUGACGAUAUACUUAUGCUGUAGGGUAGUUAGUGUGUAUGUGUAUUGUUGGUGUCGGUGAGAAGGGAUGAAAGUUGGAGUCAUGAAUAAGCUUAGGCGCCGUAAGCAGUCUAGUGAGAUUCCUGCUGAUGACACUAAACCAAAUGGGGGGAAUUUACUUGUUAAUGAUCGUAACAAGUACAAGUCUAUGUGGAUCCGUACACAUUCUACCCUUUGGAUGAUUGGGGCCUUUGUCCUCAUCAUCUACAUGGGCCAUCUUUAUAUUUGUGCCAUGGUGAUGCUGAUCCAAAUCCUGAUGGCAAAGGAGCUGUUUAAUCUGCUAAGGAAGGUCCGAGAGGAUCGAGAUCUUCCUGGUUUUCGGCUAUUAAAUUGGCACUUUUUCUUCACUGCAAUGUUGUUUGUCUAUGGUCGAUUCCUCAGUCAGCGGCUUGUCAAUACUGUCUCUUCAGACAAAGUAUUGUAUAGGCUUGUUAGCAUUCUUAUAAAAUACCAUAUGGUUAUUUGUUAUUUCUUGUAUAUCGCAGGUUUUGUGUGGUUUAUUCUCUCUCUGAAGAAGAAGAUGUACAAGUAUCAGUUUGGCCAGUACGCAUGGACGCACAUGAUACUUACUGUUGUGUUCACACAGUCAUCAUUCACAGUGGCCAACAUCUUUGAAGGAAUGUUUUGGUUUCUUCUUCCUGCAUCACUUAUCGUCAUAAAUGACAUUGCGGCUUAUUUAUUUGGGUUUUUCUUUGGGAAAACUCCUCUGAUUAAGCUUUCUCCUAUGAAAACUUGGGAAGGAUUUAUUGGGGCUUCGGUUACAACCAUCAUUUCAGCAUUUUUGCUUGCAAAUGUCAUGGGUCGGUUUGAGUGGUUAACAUGUCCAAGAACGGACUUGUCUACUGGUUGGCUUCACUGUGAUCCUGGGCCGCUGUUUAAGCCAGAGUAUUACCACUUACCAGGAUAUAUUGCAAAUUGGAUCCCUUGGAAAGAAAUUCCCAUCAUGCCGGUUCAAUGGCAUGCUUUGUGUCUAGGCCUCUUCGCAUCAAUCAUAGCACCUUUUGGAGGUUUUUUUGCCAGUGGCUUUAAAAGAGCCUUCAAGAUCAAGGACUUUGGUGAUAGCAUCCCUGGACAUGGUGGUAUUACUGACAGAAUGGAUUGUCAGAUGGUUAUGGCCGUCUUCGCAUAUAUCUACCAUCAGUCCUUUGUUAAGCCACAAAGCCUCUCAGUUGAGUCUAUCUUGGACCAGAUUUUGAUGAACCUUACAUUUGAGGAGCAGCUUGAUCUAUACCGGAAGCUGGGAGAAAUCUUACAGCAGAAAAGAUUUGGACAAUAAUAAAAUCCAUGAUAUUGCUUUGAGAUUAGCGGGAGAAGCUCUUGGUAAUCAGUGAGCUGCUAUCUCAACUCAUGAUUAUAUUAGAGGGCUGGUAUUUGUCAAGAUAGGACACUUCAUGAGGGCUUGGCUUGGAUCUUCUUUGGAAUGUGAUAUUGGUGGCAGUUGCAUUGUACAUGUGGGAAGAACUAGGAGUUUUUUGUUAGUCAUUGUACACUAGAGUGUAUCAUAAUCUUUAUCUGGGAUUCAUUUUCCUGGUAUUUUGUCUAAAUUAGUUUUCAUCGUUUUUAGGGUUUUUUUAAAGAUAUAUUCUUGCAAUACCAUACAUUGGCCAUUGUUGGUGUUGUGGUUCCUUGCAUUCCAUUAACAAUUAUGAUUGUUUUGCGGUGUA